AUGAAGAAACUUGCAUUGUCAUUGGCAUGGACUACAGCUGUCUCGGCGAUCUUCAAUCAGCAAGGCCAACAAAGCCUUCAUUGGGACUAUGAUUCUGAGAGCAACAGCUUCGUGGCAGCAUCUGCCCACGUGGCUCAGUCGCGAAAUGGAAAGCACGCAUUUUUAAACGACAAAACGUCAAGAUUCGCGGUCAAUGGCACGAACAUCCCGAAUGUGGCCUUCGACGCUAGCGAAUCUUAUGCGGGGCUACUCCCAAUCAAUUCUUCCACGAGCGGCAACGAAACCCAGGAGCUUUAUUUCUGGUUCUUCCCUAAAGAGACGCCUUCGGACGACAAGGAGAUUGUUAUCUGGCUGACAGGCGGUCCCGGAUGCUCUUCCAUUGGUGAACUCUUACAAGAAAACGGUCCCAUUUCAUGGAAGCCCGGUACCUACGCCCCCGUUCGCAACCCGUGGAGUUGGCACCGCCUCGCCAAUGUCGUCUGGGUUGACCAGCCCGUGGGCACAGGCUUUUCCCAAGGCCCAGUGACGGCUACCGAUGAACGCGACGUUGCGCGCCAGUUCAUAGGCUUCUGGAAACAGUUCGUCGACACCUUUGACGUGCAGGGUUACAAAGUGUACGUUGCAGGCUCGUCCUACAGCGGGCUGUUCACGCCAUAUGUCUCCAACGCUAUGCUAGACGCCAAAGACACGGAGUACUAUAACCUCAAAGGCAUGAUGGUAUUUGAUCCCUCAUUAUCGCAGAGCGUGCUCGGCCAGGACUUUGGGGUGUCAAGGGUCCUCGACUACUGGGGUCCGGCGUUCAACUUGAACGAGACUACUCGGAAGGCUGUCAAGGAGAUCGAAGACCGGUGCGGCUAUACAGAGUAUAUCGACAAGUACCUCACCUUUCCCCCGUCCGGUUUCCAGCCUGUCAAAAUCCCCGGGGCUUUCAGGUACGGCGAUUACGUCCCAGAGUGCGAUUCUCUGGCAACUGUUAUGGCGGCUGAGCGAGAUGCGAACCCGUGUUUCAGUAUCUUCAACGUCCUCAGGACCUGCCCGUUACCCUUCGAUCCCAUUGGCUUCAGCGAGAACUUUGGAUAUUACCCAGCACAAGCACCUCUGUACUUCAACCGGUCUGAUGUCAAGGCGGCCAUCAACGCGCCUCCAGGUAGAGAAUGGCGGUUUUGCAGCAAGGAACCAGUAUUCGUCGACGGCAUUGAUAAAUCACAAAACCCUGGUCCAGGGAGUUUGCCUGUGAUCCCCAGAAUCAUUGAAAAUACCGGUAACGUCAUCAUCGGACACGGCCUUAGAGACCUGAUCUUGCAGUCCACCGGGACAAUGCUGGCUAUCCAGAAUAUGACUUGGGGAGGGACACAUGGUUUCCAAAUCAGACCAGAAACAGCGCUGCAUAUCCCAUACCACAGCAAUGCAGACCUGGGUACACUCGCUGGUGCCGGCGAGCUGGGAGUCUGGCAUUCUGAGCGUGGUCUCACCUACUUUGAGACGCCAAUGUCCGGCCACUUCAUCGGACGCGACGCGCCCUCCAUCUCUUUCAGAGCGUUGGAGGUCCUGCUUGGGAAGGUGGAUAACUUUGGGUCUAAGACACCCUUCACAACGGAUACAGGGGACCUGCGGAUGUUGAGUGAGGAGCUGUAA